CGCCGCCUCCCCCUCAUGGCCUCCACCUCCAACUCGACCGCCGCUGCCUCCCCCUCCUCCCCCCUCCGCCGCCGCCCCCCGCUUCCUCUAACCGCCGCCUCGCCAUCAUCACCCCCCAGGAUCCGCUUCCCAACCCCCGAUCCAGCAGCUCAGCCAUCCACCACCUCCCCCUCCUCCACUGCUCGAUCCCUUCCCCGCGUCCAGAGAUCCCCCCAGCUCCGUCGGCUCAAUUCCAUCCAGUGGCUCCCCAUCACCACCCCCAGCCUUCCUCACAGGGCUUUGGCUGCCGUCGUCCUCCACGCGCAGGCGCAGCUCGCGCCACGGGGAGGCCUCCUUCCCGGCGUCCUCCACGAGGCGAUUCUGCCGCAGCAGUACUCCGACGUGAUGCGUCCCGGCGGUCUCUUCCCACGACCUCGCUGGGAACAAGUCCACCCCCGUGUGGCCGGUGAGGCGCCUCUCCUCUUCUCUCUCCCUCCCUUGAUAACUCCUGUACUUCACUAG